AUGUUCCGUGCUCUGGUUCUAUUAUCGAACAUUGAGCUCGUUUUUGCUUGCUCUCCCGUCUCGCCAGGACAAGAUGUGACAGUGAACUUUUUGGUGGAUAACCUUCUCAAAAUACCUGUGGAAUUUGCUUACACCAAAGAAGGCACGGUAUUGGGAGCUUUCCCCAAAUUUGCGAGUACUCCAGAAAAGGCUAUCGCAAAUCUUAAGCGUUACGUGAAAAGUGCGAUAACCAAUGCUAUCAAAGAGGAAGCCAAAAACGCUGGAAUUGAACAGCUCGUGCCAGAUAUCGCAAACCAGUUUACCCCAACUGUGUACUACUUUCCGCUAAACUGCUCGAUUGCAAUAACAGCAACACAAACAACUGUGACUCCUGGACCUGGACAAGGUCCUCUUACUUGCAUAGUGGAACGUGACAUAAUCACUGAGAUACAGUACCCUGAAGCGACACCAAAGCCGAUUGAAAUUUCUGAGCCACAUCAGCAGUUUACUGUCAGUUUGGCUAUCAAGAACUACAUUAUUGCUGGUUGGAGCAGGGAGAGAUGGGAGCUGAUGCUGCUGAAAGCACGAAACCGUCUGAAGAGCUCGACAUAUGCGGAAGCUUUUAAAUAUGUUACAUUAACUCUAAUUUAG